AUACCGAGAAAAAAUCGAUACAAAUGGAAAAUCUAGGUAACAUUAAGAUACCACUGCCAAACGGUCAUUACAUGAAAAUUCCAUUAUCGUCAAUUAAUAUAUCCGAAGAAGUAAACAAAACUGCUAUUUGGAAGCAACUGAACGAUGCCAGACCUGAUGAAAAAUCUAAGAAAAAAAGUCCUAACCCUGUCAGCCGUUUUAAGAAGAAGAAGCUAAUAAUUAAGAAGGAAGAGAAAAAAGAAGAGAAAGGCAAACUGGAGAAACGAUUGUCCACGAUGAACGAAGAGGAUGAGGAUGAAGGGAUAACAAUAAAGCGCACAAGUUUAAAGGAAACGGGUAUUUAUAAAUAAAAUAGCAGUAUUAACUGUUACUGCAUGCACUUGUUGUGUGUUUUAUGUUUACCUAAAUAAGUUUCGUUGUAAUCGGCAAGAAAAAUGCUUUUGUUUUUGUGGGUGGUGUAAUCUAACCGAUUCAGUACGCAUCG